CUUUGGAGAACAGAAAUUGCACAUACUGCUGUUGGAUCAUUUCCAGCCGACCUCAGGACUGGGGGGAAAAAUGAAAGCUCCCAUUUCUCUUCUGAUCCUGCUUCACGUCGUUGUGGUCCAAUGCCUGAAAGUGGUGUCGAAGAGAGGCUCAGUGGAAGGCUGCACGGAUUGGUCAGUGGACUACCUGAAAUACAAGGUGCUUCUGGGGGAACCUGUACGGAUUAAGUGUGCUUUAUUCUAUGGAUAUAUCCGGGCCAACUACACCCAUGCACAGGCUGCGGGACUUAGCCUUAUGUGGUACAAAAGUGCAGGACACGGGGACUUUGAGGAACCCAUCAGCUUUGACGGGACACGCAUGAGCAAGGAGGAGGACGCCAUCUGGUUUCGACCAGCAGAGUUGGACGAUGUGGGGUACUAUUCCUGCGUAUUAAGGAACUCCACAUACUGCAUGAAGGUGUCCAUGUCUCUCACGGUGGCGGAGAACGACACGGACCUCUGCUUCAACUCCAAAAUGAGGUUCUUCGAGAAGGCCGAGCUGAGCAAGAGCAAAGACAUCACCUGUCAGGGCAUUGAGGAUUAUUUACAGCCGGGGGUGGAGCCGGAGAUCGUGUGGUACAAGGAAUGCAAGUCAAAGCUGUGGAGACCGACCAUCGAGAGGAGGAGAGACACUCUGUCCAUCAAGGAAGUACGGGAAGAUGACAUUGGGAAUUACACCUGUGAAUUACAGUUUGGGAGCUUUGUGGUGCGGAGGACUACCGAGCUGUCCGUCACAGCUCCCCUGACAGACAAGCCGCCGAAAAUCCUCUUCCCUCCGGAGAGCCAGAUGAGCGUCAUCGAGAUGGCAAUAGGUAGUCCAGUCAACCUGACGUGCAGAGCCUUCUUUGGAUACAGCGGAGACGUCAGUCCACUCAUCUACUGGAUGAAAGGGGACAAGUUCAUCGAGGAUCUGGAUGAGGAGCGGGUUCAGGAGACCGACAUCAAGUCAAUCCGUGAGCACCUCGGUGAACAGGAGGUCUCCAUCUCUCUGACCAUCGACUCCCUGGAGGAGAACGACCUGGGCAACUACUCCUGCUACGUGGAGAACGGCAACGGGCGGCGACAGGCCAACAUCCAGCUUAACAAGAAAGCCGAGCUGAUGUACACGGUGGAGCUGGCCGGAGGUCUGGGAGCCAUCCUGCUGCUGCUGAUCUGCCUGGUGACGCUCUACAAGUGCUACAGGAUCGAACUCAUGCUCUUCUACAGGAACCACUUUGGCAGCGAGGAUUUAGAUGGAGAUAACAAAGACUACGACGCCUACCUGUCCUACACUAAAGUGGACCCUGACCAGUGGAGCCAGGAGACCCGCGAGGAAGAGCGCUUUGCCCUGGAGAUCCUCCCCGACGUGCUCGAGAAGCAUUAUGGGUAUAAACUCUUCAUUCCAGACAGGGACUUGAUCCCCACAGGAAGUUUCACCAAUGAUCAUUUCCAGGAUGACACAAGACUACUUAGAGCCUACAUCGAGGACGUUGCACGCUGUGUGGACCAGAGCAAGCGUCUCAUCAUCGUGAUGACGCCCAGCUAUGUGGUGCGGAGGGGGUGGAGUAUCUUUGAGUUGGAGACACGGCUGCGCAACAUGCUGGUGACCGGCGAGAUCAAAGUCAUCCUGAUCGAGUGCGCCGAGCUGCGCGGCAUCAUGAACUACCAGGAAGUGGAGGCCCUCAAACACACCAUCAAGAUGCUGACGGUCAUCAAGUGGCGCGGGCCGUCCAGCAACAAGCUCAACUCCAAGUUCUGGAAGCAGCUGCUGUACGAGAUGCCCUUCAAACGCAUGGAGCCCCUCAGCAUCUCCCACGAGCAGGUGCUGGACGUCAGUGAGCAGGGCCCGUUCAGCGAGCUCCAGACCGUCUCGGCCAUCUCCAUGGCGGCGGCCACCUCUACCGCCAUGGCGACGGCACACCCAGACUUGCGCUCGACCUUCCACAAUUCCUGUCACACCCAGAUGAGGCAGAAACACUAUUACCGUAGCUAUGACUACGACCUGCCGCCCGGCGGCACGCUCCCACCACUCUCCACGCUCGGCAACCAGCACACCUACUGCAACAUCCCCAUGACCCUCAUCAACGGACAGCGGCCUCAGUCCAAGUCCCCGAGACAGCAGAGUCUGGAGGAGGCCCACGGAAACAACGCCAUGCUGCCGCUGCUGCCCAGAGAGACCAGUAUAUCCAGCGUGAUCUGGUGACAGAGACGGAGCCGCGCAGGGUAGACUCUGGAUCUUAAAGAUGUCCGUCACACUGGCACUCGGACCCUGAGCGCACCGGAGCCAGACGGAGCUGAACGGCACCACGUGGCUUGCUGCUGUUUGAAUUUGCACCAGGAAACACCCGGAGGAGGCAGAGUCUGACACACUGGACACAUCGGGGGCAGAUCUUUUGUUUAGUUUGGUCCAAUAAGAGCUUUUAUUGAAACUGAAGUUCAAAAAAAGAAGCAAGGAGAACUCUUUUUGUAUGCCUGUAUAAACACUCACGUAACACAAGCCAACACCUGCGAUCAUUUACCCAGAGAGUCAAGGAAUACAGGGUCCUGUACAUACGUUUUCUAAUUCUUUGUAGCAUCAGUGUUUGGGACUUGUUUCUUGUUUAUGUUUUAACAUCAGUUGGGACUUUUUUGAUUUCUUUCCUUUCAGUUUGUACAAAAGUGAAGCGAUGGCCUGUGAGAUGUUUUGGAUAAACCGUUGUUACCUUUCUCUUCAUUUGUUGGCUGGUGUAGUUUUACAGUUUUUACAGGAAGGGAGAGAAGAUCCAGCCCUCUGGAGAGGACAGCGUGGAUCUCUUGGGAGUUUCAGCUACGGCAGGUUGAGAAUCUGGACUCAACCAGAUUAUGCAAAACAUGGAGUCCAGAGAGCGGGAGGAAGGAUCUGAAGAAUAUGGUGCUAGGCUUCACAUCGCUCUGUUUCUCACAUGAUAACAUUUACUUUUAAAAAACAGCCUUGCUAUUUACCUUAACAGAUGAAUAUAUCACCGAAAAUUAAUUAUGUGUAUUAUUUUAUGAAAAAAUAAGAGUCUAUUUUUGUAACUGAGGGAGAUUUGCUUAGAGACGUUAUAACUUUAAAGUUUCUGAUAGAAGGAAUCGACAAGAAACAUAAUAAAAAAUAAUGUUUUGUUAUGUGGAACUGCACAGCUCACGAAAAACCGAUAGGUCAUUCACUAAAUGUCUUACCCUUAUAUCGCAAGAGAGGAAAAGUUUUGUGUUUUCAUCAUUAAAAAAAAAAAGCAGUUUUGACAUUUCCAA